CAGUACAAAUGAAUUCAACAAAUGGUCUAUAUGUAAUCAAAGGUGCAUACAAUCAAGAAAUAUUACAAGAUUUAUUGGACGGUUUCAUAAGCAAAUUUGUACUAUGUCGGUUUUGUGGCAAUCCUGAAACAGAAUUAAGCUUUUACAAGAAAAAUGGCAACAAAAUUUGUCAACGAUGCGAUGCUUGUGGUAAUACAAAUGCAAUUAGCAUGGAAUCUCAUAAGUUAACGACGUUUAUUUCAAAAAAUUGUUUGCAAGAAAACGGAAAUAAUGAGGGUCAUAAUUCACAAGAGAGCAUUCCAACUGAACAAGGAGCAACAAAUAAUGGCAAUGAUGAUGAUGAUGAUGGGAAUGAAGAUUGGGGCGAGGACUUAGCAUCAAAUAUCACUAAGUUGGACAUUCAUGUUAAAAGAAUGUCAAAAAUUCUUCUUAAACGUUAUGAAGAAGACAUCAUUGUAGAAGAAGUUUUUUAUGCAUGGCAUAAAAAGGCAUCGAAACGACUCGUUGAUAAAGCAAUAUCAGAAGAUAUUCGAGAGUAUGCCAAGGAAUUCAUCGAAUGGUUACGCACAGCUGAAGAAUCGAGUGAUGAAGAAGUCGAUGAAGUCUCCAAUCUUCGAUCACCAAGUGAAAAUGAUCUUGGACACUAA